CCGCAGAAGAAGAAGAAGAAGAACUUCCGGGUAGCAGGUAGAUGUUUUGCUCUGUCCGGUCAAACAGGAACGAAUAUUCCUCCUUUCAGUCGUUCUUCCGUUAUUUUACCGGGUCGUGAAUGUGUUCGGUGUGAUAUCCGUUAGCCGGCUCUCAGUUACGGUCCUCCCGCACGCUGUCCCCGCACUCUGACCCCGCACCGACCCUCUGAUGGCCUCCAGGCGGCCGGACAGCUUCGACGGGCUCGGCUACCGCGGCCGCGACGACCCGCUGUACGGAGCGAGCUACCCGGUCCGCAGCGCCGGAGCCCCCGCGGAGCUGCAGCACCACCACUGGGUCACCACCCCGCCGGACAUCCCCGGUAGCCGCAACCUGCACCACGGAGAGCGGACACCUCAGUAUGACGAGCCGCUGGGAGAGCCCGGAGCUCCCGGAGCCGCAGCCGGCUGGGACGCUCCGCAGCCCGGCAUACCGCCCGCUGAGCAGCUGAAUCGAUUCGCCGGCUUUGGAAUCGGACUCGUCAGUCUGUUCACUGAGAACGUCCUCGCUCAUCCCUGUAUCGUCUUCCGCAGACAGUGUCAGGUGAACUACCACGCCCGCUGCUACCACCUGACUCCGUUCAGUGCCGUCGCCGUCAUGUACACCAUCACCAAGGCUCAGGGUGUGAAGGCACUGUGGAAGGGGAUGGGCAGCACCUUCAUCGUUCACGGCAUCACGCUGGGAGCCGAAGGCAUCAUCAGCGAGUUCACGCCGUUACCACGGGAACUUCCUCACAGGUGGACCUGGAAACAGCUGGCUGGACAUUUACUGCUUAAAGGGUUAACAGCGGUGGUUGCUCUCCCGUUUUACUGCGCCAGCCUCAUCGAGACCGUCCAGAGUGAGAUCGUCCGUGACGACGCGUCCUCCGGCCUGCUGGAUUGCGUCCGUGAAGGUCUGACCCGGUUGUUGGGCGUCGGUGCUCCUCACAGUCGCCGUCUGCUUCCUCUCAGCUCUAUGCUGCUUCCUGCGGCACUGCACGCCGUCCUGCGAUACGCCAUCGCCGCCUCCGUUCAGCGGGCUGCGCUGUGGCUGCACCAGAGGGGCAGGAAGCAGCGGGUGGACCCUAGCAACCCACUGGAUGCCUACUUCCCCGAGCUGGCGGCGGCGUGGGCGGGGUCUCUGGUGGCCGACAUCGUUCUGUUUCCUCUGGAGACGGUGCUGCACCGCCUCGGCCUACAGGGCACGCGCACCAUCAUCGAUGCCACUGACGGCGUGGUCGCCGUGGGGAACGGCGGAAGCCCGCUGGUUCUGCCCGUCAACACACAAUACGACGGCUUCUCCGACUGUCUCCACGCCAUCCGCCGUAAGGAGGGCGUGGGCGGGUUUUACCGCGGCUUUGGAGCGCUGGCGAUGCAGUACGCGCUGCACGGAGCGCUGCUGGCUGCGGCCCGGACUGUACUGAGGCUGCUGCUGCUGGACGGGAAGACCAGCUAGAGCCGCAUCACUUCCUGUACGUCAUCCACUGAUGCAUCUCUGCGGAGUGCCGCCGAUUAUUUCUGCCGCCAUGACAACAAGAGAAGAGAGAAAUACGGUGGAUAUUUGUUUUGUCAUGACGGCUGAAUGUGACGGCUGGUUGGUGGUCAGAAAAACACCAAAAUAAUAAAACCAGAGAACGACGCGAGUACGAAACCUCCGAAUAUAAAUAAAAACAACGUCAGACAGAAAGUGGCACUAUCAGGAACACCAUAGCAACCACCAUAGCAACCACCUUUAACUGACCUAGUCUCCCUAAACUACAUAGCAACCAACAGGAAGCCUGACAACCACCUAGCAAUCGUAGAAAGUUUAGCCUAGCUUAGCACAAAGACUGGAAGCAGGGGGAAACUGUUAGCCUAGACCCAUCGCCUCAGGUCGGACUUAUCUGUUGACUCUGAAAGUCACUUCCUGAUGUCACUUCCUGCCUUCAAAUAAAAUGUUGUGGUGAUCGUGUGUCACCAUGGAAAUGUCACUUCCUGUCCCAGCAUGACAGCAUGAGCUCAUGAUCCUGUUUAAAAUAAUAGUUUAAAUACUGAAAGCUGAUUGGUCACCUACAGAGAAAACAAAACACUUUUUAUUUGUAUAAAGAUGUAAAAAUGAAAGAAGUUCUAUGUAUUAAAAUAAAUGUAGAUUUAGAUUAAGUUGUGAUUGAUAAAUAUUUAAAUCAUUAUUCAAAUAAAGAAAUAAAUAAUAAAUAAAUUGAUCAGCUGAAUCUGGUGUCGAUUUUUCAAAAUAAAUGCCAAAAGGUUUGAAAUAUUCAGCUGUUUUUCCUUUUUAAAAUCACUGGUUCGUAUUUGUUGUAAAUGUCUCAAUGGUGAAACUUUGUGUAAAACUGCUGUAAAUUUGUUUUCAUGUGAAAUAAAAUCAGCUGUGUGGA